GUUUCACUAACCAGACAUAACUUCCAGAGGCAGAGGGAGAUGACGAAAACGAAACACAGAAGACACUCUUCCAAUGCCCACCAAAGUCCAUAUUCUUUGGAAGAAGGUAGAAGUGGACCACUAAACUCUUGGGAGAUGUCCAGAGAUGAAAUGAAUAGUGGAGAUUGAAGCUACCUGUGAUUAAUACUAUUCUAUCCUGAAUCUUUUAGAGAGCAAUCCUUAAUCUUUCUGGUUUCUGAUGAUCAGUAGAAUUCCCCUUCUGGAUUUUCUUCUCUUCCAACAUUUAUCUGAAAUGGGUUUCUUUUUGGUGGUCAGAAAAAGGGGAAUGUCAUCUUAAAUCUGAUUUGAUUGUUGUUGAAAGUUGGUUACAAGUGCAUUAAAUUUCAGUAGUAUUUUUUUUUUUUAAAUUAUCAAAGUUUCACAAAGAAGACUACAAAUGGGAAGCUCAUGUCCAUGCCAGAUGUGUGUGGUUGGUUUUGUUUUGGGGGUUUAUCUUGCAACAUUAUUUCUGGCUGCUCUCACUUUACUGGGCACCUUUGCUUUAGGUGGGAUUUCACUCUCUUCAUUUUCAAAUGGAAUCACUUCUUGGAACUCAAGUUCAGAUAUCAUCAAUAUGGUUACAGAGGGCGACUGCAAUCUUAAACCAAGAGAAAUAGAGAGGGUGACGUGUUCUCAGCAAACUCUCGACAGUAAAAUGGACGAGAGAGUGUCACUCUUGUACUCAGCUUGGAGUGGUUUACUCAAUGAAUCAAUGAAAGGCGAAGGUGAGUUGCUGCAAGGUGUUAGAUCUAAUGUGCCAAAAGCCCCUCACUUGGAGAAUUGCAAGCUGAGUGCACAAAUCAACAAGAAUCUUGAUAAGCAUGUUGAAAAUGAGAGUUUCCCUCCUUGGACGUUGUGGAAGGGAUUCUUAGAUACUUACCCAUCAUCGACAGCUAGUGAGCGGCUGAAGUAUGAAGGUGUUUAUCCUCCAUGGAUAAUGGGAUCUGAUGAAGAAAACUAUCCAUUCACUAGGAAAGUGCAGCGAGACAUAUGGAUUCAUCAGCAUCUUCUGAACUGCGAUGAUCCUAAUGUGAAGUUUCUUGUAGCUGACUGGGAGACACUGCCACGACUUGGUAUAGGAGCCCAGAUUGUCGCAAUGUGCGGAGUUCUUGCUAUUGCUAUCAAUGAAAAUAGGGUCCUUGUUACAAACUACUUUAAUCGGGCAGACCACGAUGGGUGUAGAGGGCCAUCACGUUCUAGUUGGUCUUGUUACUUCUUUCCAGAAACAUCCCAAGAAUGCCGAGACCGUGCAUUGCAGUUAAUGAGGGAAAAGGAAGCAUGGGAAAAAGGAACCAUAACAGGAAAAGACAACUAUACACAAUCACAAAUAUGGUUUGGAAAGGCUCCUAGGGCUUGGGGUGACCCUUGGAUUCAUUUACAGCCUACAACAGAUAUAAACGGAACACUGAUUGGUUCUCAUCGCGGAAUGGAUAAAAGGUGGUGGCGAGCCCAGGCAGUCCGCUACCUGAUGAGGUUUCAGACCGAGUAUACGUGCGACUUGCUAAAUGCUGAACGCCAUGCGGCCUUUGGACGGGAAGCUGCUAAAGUGGUUCUUGCAACACCCGCUAACGAAUGGCUGGAGGAAGUUAGAGAAGAACCUAAAUCUGACAUGGAGCCAUUCGUAGGGUCCAAUCACAAACCGUGGAUGCCUAGGCCAUUGCUAAGCAUACAUGUGAGGAUGGGCGAUAAGGCAAGCGAAAUGAAGGUAGUUGAAUUCGAAGACUACAUGGAUCUUGCUGAACGCAUAAGAAAGCGCUUCCCGCACCUUAACAGCAUCUGGCUAUCCACGGAGAUGCAGGAGGUCAUCGAUAGAUUGAGAUCAUACCCCCACUGGAAAUUCUACUACACAAACGUGACACGGCAGAUGGGGAACACUUCAAUGGCUACUUACACAGCCAGUCUAGGCAGGGAAACCAGCACGAAUUACCCUCUGGUGAAUUUCUUGGUGGCUGCCGAAUCAGACUUCUUCAUCGGAGCCUUGGGUUCCACUUGGUGCUUUCUUAUAGACGGAAUGAGGAACACGGGAGGAAAAGUCAUGGCCGGCUACUUAAGUGUCAAUAAGGAUCGGUAUUGGUAGCUAAAGAGUAAAUACGUAAAGCUGGCUGCUGGCGAUUCCACGAGUAUAUAUGUAAAUUGCUCACUUGAUCUGCAAGAUGCCAUAAAGCUGGCGGCUGGCGAUUCCACAAGUAUAUAUGUAAAUUGAUCACUUGAUCUGCAAGAUAUAUGCCAUUUACAGGAACAACGUGCAUUGUUGUAUAAAGAGUUGUUCAAUUUGUAAGACUAUCUAUUCCUGAAUUUCAUGUGUGUAAGCUUAGGUCUAUGAUUAUGCAUUUCACAUUUCUCA